ACAACAAAAGUUUUGAACUCAGAUGCUUUGAAGAGUCUUAUAACAGACAAAGUUGGAGUUGUUGAAAGAAAGUAUAAAGACCAAAGAGUUUGUGAAAAUGUUGCAAACUUCAUUAUGGUUUCAAACAAUGCUGUUCCGAUGAAGUUAGAAAGUUCUGACAGAAGAUAUGUAGUUGUCAGAACGUCAGAAGCUCAUAUGCAAGAUACAGAAUAUUUUGACGACUUAGCAGAAACUUUGACAUCUGACUUUUACAACCACUUGUUCUCAUAUUUCAUGACAUUAGAUAUUUCUAAGUUCAAUCCAAGACAAAUUCCACAUACCGAAGAGAGACAAACAUUGUUAGAAGCAAACAAGAGUGUAUAUGAACUGUUCAUAGAUGAAACUGACUUUGUGUCAUUAGAUGAAAGGUCAUUGUACGAUUCGUAUAAACAAUAUUGUCAAGAAUAUGGUUAUAUGACAGCUUCUAAACGAACAUUCUUGGCAAAUGUCAAAAGUCUUUUAGAUGUUCAGAAUGGUGUAUAUACAAAGAAAAAUUUUUCUGAGUAA